CAAAUUAGGUCAAGAUUCCUAACUUAGCCCAAAUUCCAAAAAGUAACAAGAAAAUUGAAGUAACCCACCAAUAUUUUGCAGCCCAAUUGGGCAAAACCCAAGAGUCUCAACUCCUAAAACCUCAGGACAUUGCAGGAAAAAACCCAGAGAAGCAGAUUUCUCACUUCAGAGAGCAUUCAGCAAAAGCGGUAAAGCAAGAAGAUAUGAGUGCUUACAACGCUUUUAAAGCUUGUACUCCAGUCGCAUGGAGCCCUAAUCUAUACAUAACCCUUGUAAGGGGUAUACCAGGCACUAGGAGGCUCCAUAGGCGUACCCUUGAGGCAUUGCGUCUUGGCAAAUGCAACCGGACUGUAAUGCGAUGGAACACACCUACUGUUAGGGGAAUGAUUCAGCAGGUGAAAAGAUUGGUUGUCGUUGAGACAGAAGAGAUGUACAAUGCACGUAAGGAGAAACUAGCUAAUCAGAAAGCUCUACGUCCUCCUUUGGUUGUAAACCAUCACGCAGCCCCUGCAGCUGAUUCAGUUCAGUAACUGUCGAAACUCUUUCAUGGUCAGAUUUGUAAUUUGGUCCUGCUAUAAUGGUCCAACAAUGUAGUGCACCCAAGUUAUACUUUUGAACAUUUGAAAGCUGUGGUAGGAGCUUUUGCUUUAGCAUGUGCUAUGAAAUUGCAUUGAACCUUUGUAUUCAGGUGGUGGUUAUUAUUGUUUUGGCUAUAAACGAUGCCUCUGGAGCAAUCUAGAGAGUUGAUUAGGUCCUUACUGUGGAAUAAGGAACUUGAAGCAAGAUGAUAUAAAACUAAAAACUAGUUCUAGCUCUGAGAACUCUAGCUCAAUGAAGUGCAAUGAAGGAUUGCUUCAUGUUUAUGUCAUAUUAGGAACAACCUUGGAUUUUUCCGGGUUUCUCUGGGAACUUUA